AUGUCUUUGCAAUCUGCCUACGGCCGACGGCAUGCGAACUGGACUUUCCACAAUCCUGGUAAUUGUCCUGCCGUACUGGAUGACGCCUGCUUGCAGGUGCCACAGCCUCCGACCUUUGCGUGUACGCAAAUCUGCAAAGGCGCAGCACUCUAUAUUUAA